AUGGUUCCAAAUCAAGGCAAGCAUAGGCCCUCAACACAGACCACCACCUACCUCAACCGGACGACGGCGAAAUUGGGCAUUAGCGACACGCCUAUGUAUAGCUUUCCUCUUGCAGAAGUGACAGCAUUGGAUGAUCUUUAUGGCGGAGUGUCGGACUCAAGUCUUCGCCUCUACUGUGAGUCCGCCCUUCUGGAAGCUGCAGCUCAAUUCCAAGUUCCGGUCGCUACAUUCACGGCUACAUCAACCGUUGCUGGCUCUCUCAUACCAUACACGUCCGUGUCUACGGACUAUGUGGCCAGCGUAACAGCUAAGCCGCCCUGUUGUGCAGACCGUCCCAUCGCUGGGAAUCCUGCUCAACUGCGGUACUUCCCAAGUACUGAGUCUACGAUAUCUGGCGCGAGCGUAACAGUGUCAGAUAACUUUACUUAG